UUUUGACUAUAUUUGAAAUAUAAACAUUUUUUUUGAUCUUCAGGCAAAUAACCCCAAAAUUAUUAUCCAUCUUACCACUCACAGUCUAUCGAGCAGUUCAUUUUUAAGCUUUUUUCCAAUAAACUAGCUAUAAAAAGUUUGAUAAAAAAAAUUGACUGACCAUGAGCUGGGUUGCAGUGCUAGUCAUCCUUUUAUUAUUUGACAAAGGUUUCUCAACAUGCGACCCUCCAUUUGUCAACAUGCAAAAUAGCGGACCCAGCUGGGAAUACCCAGUCGCGAAAUCAAUCGCCGAAAAAAUCACCCUGGAAGCGAAAGUCACAAUCGAUUGCCCAAAUAAUGAUGCUUCCUACUUAUGGCAGAGUUGGAUUGAAACUGAAUCGGCUAAGCAAACUCUGGAAUUGACUUCUGGGCCAGAAAUUACGUUGGAACCCUUUUCGAUGUCUCCAGGAAAAGCUGUUGUAUGCCUUAAUGUCAGUCUCAAUAGUUCACCAUUCCAUUCAACCGAGUCUUGCGGAUAUUUCAUAUUCUGUGUUCCUGAUCCAAAAGCUCAAAUUCUGAAAUCAAUGCCAACAUCUGCGGAUCCCAACCAGGUUUUGUCCAUUGACGCUUCCGACUCUUUGGACCCUUUGGACGUUGCCAAUGUUCCUAAUGAUCACCAGCCGGACGUAACAACUUCAACCACAGCCGUCCCAGUGACAUUAAACUUUAACACAGGAAACUCAGAAGAAGAAGAAGAAGAAGAUGAUGAUGACAAAAGAGCUCGUCUCAGAUCCAGGCGAUCAGUUGGAACUAUGUGUGCAACCAGCAUUCCAGAGAAAAUCACCAGUUGUACUUCAAACGUCUGUCAGAUCGUUCCAGCGGAUAUAUACCUCGGUGUCAACAGAUGGAUCAAAUUUGAGGUCCGAAUGAGUGAUACAAUUCACUUCAGGGAGGGCAGGGAUGCAAAAAACGUCUACUUCACUGGGGGAUUGGCACCACAAAUCUCCAUCAGCUGCAUGAACAACUGCAGAUUCAAGGCCACUUCAUCUGAACUGCUCAUUCUCAAGGGUCACUCAGAUGACGCACUUGAUGUCACAGGGGUGCAAUACGUGUGGUCUAUUUACCGAAGAAGGCUGGGCCAGACACCUGAAGAUGUCACACCUGCUACCAUCAAUGAACUUGAGGGCAAUGGGUUUUCGUCCCUCGUGCUGCCCUCGGACGUGUUCGACUCCAGUGGAGAGUAUGACGUCAUGUUCGAAGUGUCGGUGCCUGGAUUUCCUGCUCCCGCCUUCGAAGUGUACACUUUCAUCUACAACCACCCACCUUACAAUGGCACCUGUUUCAGCGAGCCCAAAGAAGGUUCUGUUAUGGAAGACAAAUUCACGAUUUACUGCCACGGUUGGCUGGACGAAACGCUACACAUAGACCGCAACAUUUCUAUCGACUUCCCGCCGUCAGAAGGGAUGUAUGAACACCGGUACUUCGUGGCCGAACAGAACUUAGCCGAAGUGCCCGACAAUUGUGACGAUUUCUCCCUCAUCGCCUACAAUGCAGCUCCCACUUCGCAGCCUUUCCUUUUGCCAGUCGGUUCCGAAAGUACAGAUCACGUGGUCUCGCUGUGUACAAAAGUGCGCGACCAGUACGGCGCAUCAGCUUCCGUUUUCUACGAUGUGAUCGUUCGUCCGGAUGGAAUUUCAGCAAAUGAUGUAUUGAUGAAUUUGACUUCUACGAGUGGACUUUUAGCCGAAAAAGUGUCGGCUGGAAACUUCCAAGAAGUUUUUCAACUGAGUCUGGCUGCCUUGUCUGUAUUGGGUGAUUUGCAGCCUUCUCAAAGAAUGGAGGCGACUACUGCGACUAUCGCUGCCUAUCAGCAGAUUUCUAGUUCUCUUGCUGCAACUCAAAGUGUCGAGAUGAUGACUCAUUCUUUGAGAAAAGUCACAGACAACCCUGAGGACAUAUCUACAGAUGCAAGGAGACAGGGAUCUCAAAUUCUUUGCCUGACAAUUGACUUCUUGGAAGAGAACUCAACACAUCUUGGCUUGAACGAGCUACAACUAUCUGCCAGACCAGCAAUGAAAACGGUGGAUAGUUUGUUCCAGUCUUUCAUUCUGGACGAGGACUCGGGCCAAUCUUUUCAAGAUCUUUACGAUCCAGAUCUGAUCGAAGCUUUCGACUCACUUUUUGACUCCCUCUCAACUCUAAACGGAGACAAACUUCCCAUCCAAUUACCCCCUGUGACUUACAACUUCUCCCUCGUGGCAAUAGCUGUGAAGCGGGUGACCAAGGGGGACUUCAGUGAGUCAUCGGGGGAGGUGUUGUCGUCUAUCGGAGUGCAGUCGCCGCCCGAGUUGGAUUUGAGUUCGGGCGAGGGAGAAACUGUCAUCGUUUCGGUGGGGAACUACCAUGCUAACAUAUACCUUCCAGAUGCGUUUUCUGCAUCUCUAAAUCCGCAUGUGAAACGAAUUGAACUCAGAGACGAAAUAAAUGACAUCAUUCCAGUGAAAGAUCUGGACAAACCAUUCGCGGUUCAAUUCGAUACCCAAUACAGUCGAAACGUUUCAAAUUUGAACCCGAGUACAGAUCAACCCGGCCUAGAAGGACAACAAAACUUGCCUAAUUUUAAUCCUGAUGACAAUGGAUUUGACAGGAGAAUAGUAUCUGUGAUUGACGGAGGUUCAAGUGUGUUGAUAUGUCUGCAAAUUGACGGAGGAUCGACUGACUAUGAAUAUUUCAUAAGGAUGAAUGAGAGAGCAAAUACUACCAACUAUCAACUGACAGGACUACUCUCACAGCAGAUAAUAGGGUCGGAUGACACGCAGCCACAUUGCGUCGAAGUCCCCUCGGGAAUGGUUAAUAGUGGGGACGAAAUCCACUUUGCAUAUCGUCCACAAGAUCCUGACGCAGCAGCUCUUACAAUAUCUGUGGGUAGCUUUUCCCGCUCCUGUAGAUGGUGGAACGAAAAUUCUACCAAAUGGGUCACGGACGGGUGCAAGGUGUCCCAAAGUAGCACCCUUGUGAACACAAUCUGUGAAUGUACCCACUUGACCUCGUUCACGACUGAGUUCGUGGUGGCCCCCAAUGUGCCCGACUUCACAGUCUGGAGUGACCCGGCUGAUAUGUUGAGCAACCCAGCUGUCGUCUCCUUCUGUCUGGGAGUAAUGGGACUGUAUGUGUUGCUGGCUCUCUGGGCCAGACGCAUGGAUAACAACGACUUAUACAAGUGGGACAUGCUGCCGCUAGUCGGGAAUGAAGAGGUCCCCCAUCCAGGGUACAAGUACGAGAUCACAGUCUACACGGGACUGAGGAGGGCUGCCGGCACCUACUCCAGGGCAUUCUUCAUACUCGGAGGCGAGAAAAACACCAGUGCCGUUCGGGAGUUGGACGACGGAGAGCGAAACAUUCUGCAGCGAGCGAGUAUGGAUCGGUUCCUGAUGAAGACGGAUUCCCAUUUGGGGCCUCUGACCUACUUGCGUCUCUGGCACGACAACUCGGGGGAGGGGGCAGGGGCUUCGUGGUUCCUGGACAAGGUCACUGUCAAGGACAUGAAAACAGACAGAGUAUACACUUUCCUGUGUAAUAACUGGCUGGCGAUUGACGAGGCAGAUGGCAAACUGGAACGACUCAUGUGUCCUGCCACUGCCGAAGAUCUGAUCAGUCCUAGGAAUGUAUUCGAAGAAAAGGCCAGCACUGGUAUAACGGACGGACACAUGUGGCUGUCAGUGGCAGUGAGACCCCAGCAGAGCUCCUUCUCCAGGGUCCAGAGACUCACCUGUUGUCUCAGCUGGCUCGCACUCACCAUGGUCGCAUCUGCCAUGUGGUACGAGCGUGAACAGUCUGGCAUCUCCCUGGAAGUAUCUCUGGGUCCGAUCUCUGCCUCCCUCAGUGAGAUCAUAGUGUCGAUCCAGGCCAGUCUGGUCACAUUCCCAAUCAACUUCCUGGUCGUGUUUAUGUUCAAACGCACAGCCACCAGAGAACAGUGGAGGGAGAGGAAGCUAGCUAGAGGGCAGAAGGGAAAGUCCAAAGCCCGUUGUGUGUUCCACCCCUGGACAAAGUACCUGGCCUUCCUCUUGUCCUAUUCUGCCACCCUUCUGGCUCUGUUUGUGUGUGUGACUUACAGCCUCACUUGGGGAGAGAAGAAGAGCAAUUCAUGGCUCAUUGGCAUGGUUCUGUCCACAUUCCAGAACAUAUUCCUUGUCCAACCGCUCCAGGCUGUUCUGGUGGCGAUAUUCUUCGUGAUUCUCUUCAAGACUUCAUCUGCUCGGAAGUCAAUGCUGGAAAAGGAAGAAGAAGAGGAAACUGUGGACGAGAAAUCGGAUUCCAAGACAGCCAAGAAACAGACUUAUAAAGGCCUCGACGCUGACAACAUCAGCAUCCUAUCUCGCAAAGAAAUGCUGCGAGCGAAGCGAAACAGAAAACGGGAAAGGAACUACGAAAACGCACUCGCAUUCAUUCUCAAGUACACUGUGUUCUUGACUCUGCUGUUCAUUGUUGCUUAUGGAAACAGGAAUGCUUACUCUUAUGUUUAUUACAACAACAUUCAGAAGGAGCUCAACUCUUCGUUCUUAUACAAAUCAGGAACCCGGGGGGACUUUUGGGCGUAUAUGGAGAACGUGAGUUCACAUGCUCAGUUCAGUGAUGAGUGUGGGGGGUACUGUUUCGGAGACGGAGUCUCAGUUAAGAUUGGGGCAGCACAACUCAGACAAGUCAGAGUCAGACCAGAUUGUGUAGUAAUCGACCUUAUGCAAAACAACAUAGACGUAGAUUGUUUCUCCUCCUUCUCUCUCUCCGACUCCGAAGACAGAGACUUCAGGAAUGGAUCGUGGGACGAAAUUGUCGACGAAGAGAGAGGUGUUUCGGAGUCUAUCGAUCCCUGGAGGUACCACUCGAUGGUAGAAACGAGGGCUCUUCCCUUUUUGGGAAAAUACAAAACGUAUCCAGGAGUGGGCUACGUUCAGAAACUUCCAGGAACCCUGGAGGCCACCCUGGACGUACUGGACACUCUGCGUCGUUCCUCGUGGGUGGACAGACAGACCAGACUGGUGCUGUAUCAGUUCAACCUCUACAACUUCAACUCCAACCUCUUCGCAGUUGUGAGUGUCGCGUGGGAGUUCCUCGCGGAGAGUGGGGGAAUCGCGACUGUCAACAUCGAUAUGCCGAACAUCCGUCUGUUGACCUCUUCGUAUGGGUAUGUGCUCACAGUUCUGGAGGUCAUCCUGUUCAUCAUAUACUGCAUUCAACUCAUCAACAUACUCAUAUCCAUGGUGAAAAUGGGUCCUCUGCAGUACAUGAAGAGUGUGUGGAAUGUGUUGCAGAUGUGCAUCACUGCACUGGGUUUGGGAUCCAUCUUCGUGUAUGUGAACAGAGAGAUAGAGACCAGAACCAUCCUGGGGGACAUCACGCCACAGUCUCAAGAGUUCUACGAAAUGUCGACUGUGGUGAUGUGGAACGAACUGUACAUUCUGCUCACUGGCUUAAUCGUCUUCUUCGUCUGUGCCAAACUUCUGCAACUGAUGGAGUUCAACCGGGUGACUCGUCUGUUCGUGUCCAUCCUCAAGCAGUGCUCCCCCUCCCUCGCCGCCUUCUCCCUCAUGUUCGUCGUCAUAUUCCUCGCAUUCUCCGUUUGUGGCAAUCUCUUGUUCGGCAGAGUGUUGAGGAACUAUUCCAGUUUCGUCAGUUCGCUGCAAGAGUGUGGAUCUAUGGUAUUAGUUGAAACUCAUUUCAUGAAAGUGUAG